UACACCGUCGGGGGACUACCGUAAAUAUCUGUCGCAUUGCCCGGUGAUUUUCAGUAGUUUAAUCGCGCUCGGUACAUCUGAAACGUCAUCAGAGAGACGAUGAUGCGUGGUCCGUUAUGCGUGUUGGUCGGGACGCUGCUUUGGGGCGCGUGCGGUGGCCAGUUUUUCGGUGGGGGGCAACAACAGACACUGCCUGUUCAGCUAUCACCCCAACAGCAAGGUCAAAUUCUCAGCGAUGUCCAGCAACAUCAACAUAGGUUCGAUUUACAGCAACGUGGCAAUGCAGGAAUACACCAACCUCAAUUGUUCAACAGAAACCAACAGAUCUUAGCUCAGAGUGGUUUAUUUGGACGACAACAGCAAUUUGCUAGUCAGCCUCAGCAGGAAUUUUUUGACCAAGCACAUCCACCUAUCUACCAGCAACAGCUUUUACCCACUGCGCAAGCUCAAGUAUCAAGUUUUCCUCCGCCGACCAAUCCUAGUCUUAAUUUUCCCAGUAAUUUGAUUCCUCAAGGACAAUUGACGCCAGAACCACAAAAGAAUUCUGUAGUAUUCCCAUCAUCACCACCAUCUCAAGCUACACCAUCGGGGUCGGUAGUACAACAUCAUACUCAAACAAGUUUCACACCAAACUUCGUCCAGCCAGUAACCCAACGAAAUCCUUACAUCAACACUAGACCUACUGCAGACCCUAUUGACAUCAUUAAUAGUCAACUACAGCAGUUGGAUCCCAACAAGGAUCAGCAAAAAAUCAAGGAACUUCAAGAUAAGAAAGCGAUUAUAGACAAACACAACAAGUUUGUGGAAAAACAAUAUGAAUUAGCAUUGAAGAAAGCACAAGAAGAACACCAGCAAUUUCUGGAAGCACAAAGAGAAGAAAAAAAGCGUCUGUAUCAGCGUUUGUUAACUAGACCAAGUAACGAUGCUUAUAGUUAUACCCAGUCAUUGCCUAGGAAAAUAUACCCUGAAGAAGUUCCACUUUUCUCAAAAAGCCUAGAACAAUUUUACAGAGAACAUCCCACCACUACCACUACCACAACAACUACAACUACCACAACUCCUAAACCGAUUACUAAGAAAACGAAAAAGUCUAAUCAGAAGCCUUCAUUUUUGCCUACUGUCCUUCCUAGUUUAGCAUCUCCUUCAAAAGUCCAAAACAUUCAGUCACUCGACGACUUAGAUUUAUUAAAGAAGCAGUACAAAAGUCAGCAAAUCAACAAAAACGAUCUCUUAGCUCAACUCAGAGCUGCCAUUGGUACAACCGAAGAUGAUACCCCAAAAAAUCUGUCUUCCAGAGAAGUCUCAUUGGCAAAUGGUAAAAAAGUUCAGCUGAUCGAAACAACCGAUCCUAAACUUAUCCCAGAUGGUAAAGAAGAAGAAAUUACGUUACCAAAUGGAGAUAAAGUUAUUGCUAUUAGAGCAGACAAAAACUUGCUUUCCAAGACUUUGAAACCUGCAUCUAAUGGUGACGAGAUCACUUUGCCCAAUGGUCAGAAAGUACAAGUGAUUAAAACAACUAAGGAUGCUAAAAGUCUUCGGGGCUUUUCUGGAGACGAAUUUAUCUUACCAGAUGGUCAAAAAGGAGAAAUAAUCAAAACAAGCAGUACAUCAUCCAAUCCAAGUUACAGAACUCAAGAAAUUACGUUACCAAACGGCGAAAAAGUUGAAGUGAUUAAAACAACCGAUCCAAAACUUGUACCAGAUGGUGUACCAUUGGAGCCAGGUAGUGAUUUAGAAAAAUUGAUUCUAUCUAAAACAACUACCACCAAGCCCCCUAAAGAAAUCGUAGAGGAAUUGACAAAGAAUGUUGUACCACCAGGUGCAGAUGUUGAUAUUCUGAAAACUGGUGCAAGUGGAAAUUUAGAAAACAUCGUCUUACCCAAAAAUCUUCCCAAUCAAAAGAAGGUAACUUUUGUUUUACUAGAAGAACAAAGCGACGGUACCUUAAAAAUUCAAGGAGUAAAAGGAAAUGGAAAGGGAAAAUCAGAUAUUGAUUUGGAAUCGAUCCUGAAGAAAAUCAAAGCUGGUGAAAUAAAGAUUCCCACUACUACCACAACUCCUAAGCCUACCACUGCCUCCUUGUCGUCCAGUGAGUCCAAGUACUCUAAAUCUAGUAUAUCGACCAACAAACCACUUUCAGUAACAGUUACUCCAAAUUCAUUCGCUCGUGGCGACUUCGAGCCCAAUCCUUCUACAGCAAAACCAAGAACUUCAAUUUCUGACAGCUCUAGCUUGCCCGUUCUUACAACCAACAUCGGUACUCAUUUUGUGAGUUCGCCAUCACCAAGCAGCAGCAUAUAUACCGGUUCAAGCGAUUUUUACAGCAGUAGCAGUCGAAGUACUACUCCAAUACCUCGAUUUGAUAAUAUUCAGACUACUCGUUCAACGUACUCGACCCCAUACGACCAAUCAUUACUCUCAUCAACAAUCACGACCAGCAGUAAGAACUCUAUAUCUUCGAAACCACCACAAAAAUCAUCUUCAUCGACUCCUUAUACAACUCCAUCCACCACAACGAAGAAUUACUCAAAAUCGAGGGAACUCCAUUCAUCGUCAAAAGAUAAAACCCACUUGCCAGAAUUAACAACGGUGUUUAAAAACAAAGGUUUGUAUGCGAUGGCAAGAUUCUUGAAACAAAGUGGACUGGACACAGUUCUCAACGACACUGGACCGUACACAGUGUUUGUGCCAACAGAUAAAGCGUUUAGAACCUUAUUGGUGCAGUUGGGUGGCCCAGAAAGAGCCGAAGAAAAAUUCAAAGAAAAUCCUAGGUUACUAAGUGGACUAUUGUUGCAUCACGUGAUCCCCGGCGCGUUUGCCAUCUCCUCUCUACAGGACGAAAUGACAGGCGUGUCGCUGGCCGGAACUCAGCUGAGGGUGAAUCAAUAUAAUAUGCACGAUAACGAGUGGAACGAUGUUAAGGUAACCACUAUCAAUGGUGCUAGAAUAAUCGAAGAACAACAAGACAUCCCCAUUCCCCAAGGAGUAGCACACGCAGUUGACAGAGUGAUGUUCCCACUUCCUGUAGGAGAUUUAGUACAAACGAUGCAAGCUGACAGAGAAAGAAGAUUCACCAAUUUCUUGAGAGCGGUAUUUGCGUCUGGAUUGGCUGAAAUGCUUCAAGGACCUAAGUCUUUAACGUUAUUCGCACCAACGGACAAAGCAUUUGCUGGGCUGAGUCCAGAAGAUUUAUCUGAAACUGUUACUGACCCAGCACUGGCUAAAGAAUUAGUUCUCAAACAUCUCAUUCAAGGCGCUCUAUAUACCAAUGGAAUGAGAUACUACCAAGUGAAAGACAGCCUGAAAACUGAUGCGCCAAUCACAAUAAGCAAACACUCAGGUAAAAUAAAAGUGAACAACCAAGGUCUGUCCGCAUCGAACAUACCGUCAACCAAUGGAGUCAUACACGCUGUUGAUACACUUUUAUAAAAUAGAUGAAAAUAUUUGUCCAACAUUGUGUCAUAUCCGUGUACAUUUUAAAAUUAUCUCUUUCCGAAUGAGGUGUAAUGUAUUAUUUGUAAAUAUUUGAUUAACGAAGACUAUUAUUUGUAGCAUUUAUUAUAAAGUACGACCAAGAAAAUUGGGCCUAUAUGGAAAAAAGUUCAUUUCAAGGUUCUCAAAAAUUUUUACCUUGGUAAAAGUGUGUCGAACUUGUUUAAUAUUAUUUUUUUUUUAAUUUAAAAAUUCGCUCAAAAUUAUUAAAACAUAUUUUUAUUCUAUUACUACAGAGUUAAAUAAAAGCGCAU